AUGGAAGCAGAGCUUUCAAUGCACCAGCGAAGCUGUGACAGAGCCCUCAGCAUAGGCAAAGACGACCACUUCAGCCUAAGGGCCAGCUUUCUGGUUCAGGUGUCAGAGCUUAAACUUUGGAACAAAUACCGAAUCUCCAACAUUCCGUCGCUAAUAUUCCUAGAUGCUACCACAGGGAAGGUUGUGUGCAGGAAUGGGCUCCUGGUGAUCCGAGAUGACCCAGAAGGUUUGGAAUUCCCUUGGGGACCUAAGCCCUUCCGGGAAGUCGUUGCAGGACCCUUGCUGAGAAAUAAUGGGCCAUCACUGGAGAGCAGCAGCCUGGAGGGCUCUCACGUGGGAGUCUAUUUCUCUGCACACUGGUGUCCACCCUGCCGAAGCCUCACUCGAGUGCUAGUGGAAUCCUACCGGAAGAUCAAGGAAGCAGGCCAGAAGUUUGAGAUCAUCUUUGUCAGUGCAGACAGGUCAGAGGAGUCUUUCAAACAGUACUUCAGUGAGAUGCCAUGGCUCGCUGUCCCCUACACUGAUGAGGCCCGACGGUCGCGUCUUAACAGACUGUAUGGUAUCCAAGGCAUCCCCACGCUCAUCGUGCUGGACCCACAGGGGGAGGUGAUCACUCGGCAGGGCCGAGUGGAGGUGCUCAAUGAUGAGGACUGCAGGGAGUUCCCGUGGCACCCGAAGCCCGUGCUGGAGCUCUCAGACUCCAAUGCUGUGCAGCUCAAUGAAGGCCCCUGCCUGGUCCUCUUUGUAGAUUCUGAGGACGAUGGAGAAUCUGAGGCAGCCAAACAGCUGAUCCAGCCAAUAGCUGAGAAAAUCAUUGCCAAGUACAAAGCCAAAGAAGAGGAGGCACCACUGUUGUUCUUUGUGGCCGGGGAGGAUGACAUGACUGACUCCCUUCGAGAUUACACCAAUCUGCCAGAGGCCGCACCUUUGCUCACCAUUCUGGACAUGUCAGCCCGGGCCAAGUACGUGAUGGAUGUAGAGGAGAUCACCCCAGCCAUUGUGGAGACUUUUGUGAAUGACUUCCUAGCAGAAAAGCUCAAACCAGAGCCCAUUUAGUGGGCUCUGACCUCUUGAGACAGUAUUUAAGGCUCAGUCUUCUCCUCCCCUUCCUUCUCUCCGCCCUUGGACUUUUCCAGCGUGUCCAACCUCUGUGGUGCCUUGUUUCUGCAUUAAACAACUCAGCUAGCACCCAUGAGUGCACAUCCUCACAGCGGCGGCAGGACCCACUGUGUCUGGAGACUGCUUGGGAUGUGUGACAAUGGCCUGACCAGCUAGCACCAGAACUGCCACAUUCUCCUGGUCACUAGCUCUUGGUAAAGGACCUUCCAGGUCUUCUGCAGAGUGAGCAAGCAGGGACAAUGGAUUGGGGCUCUGACUCUGGGGUCAGUACACACAACCCAAGCCAGAGGGAACUUUCCUGUGACGCUCGUACCUAUGGGAGUUACAGAGGAAGGCCCAUGGUCUCAGCGGCCAUCAGUUGAGAGCUGUUGGUGAAAAUAUGCUCUGGAAGGACAUAUUCUUUCUUGGUCUGAGGGAAAAACAGUGCAUCAGUGAGUUCUUGGGCAGGGGACCUCCAAAUCUUUAAAGAAACUUGUGGGUGUUUGUUUUGGUGGGAAGAUGAAUAGCUGCGCUAACUGUUCAUAGUGUGCUUCUGUGUGAUUAGUUUCUUGAUCUAUCUUUCUUCCUUGUUCUUGACCAUGCCCGUGUCUCUGCCCACACAAACAGCUCCCAUUGGCUUGGAAUUUUGGUAAUGAAUUCUCCCCGUUGGGCAUCCUCCCAACACUGAAGCCUGGGUUCCCAGAGAAGUACUGCCAGUUGUCAGGGACCUCUCUGUGGGCUGGUUCUGUGCCUGAGGCCGGUGGACCUCUCUCUGUAGAGGCACCUGCAGCUCCUUCCUAUUCCAUUUUCUUUUCAAGCUGGAUCCAAAAGGCAAUGAGAAUUUUCUUUUCCCUAGGAACCUGCAGGAGGGGCUGUGCUCUAGUGGCAUAAGAGCAAAGGGCAUGCCAGCUGGAGUCGGCCUUGACCUCCUUUGCUCAGCCCAGGUAGCUAAACUGACCACAAAAAGGGAAGCACCAGCUAUGUUCUUAGGAUCUGGACUUUGCCCUAGAGAUUUCCAGGAGUUUAGUCCAUCACAGUUCAAAGCGGCCAAGUGCCACCCUCAGCUCUAUUCAACCAUUUUUUUUUUUUCUUUUUGAAAACCCAGCCAUCCUCCCCCAACAAGCUAUUGACACUGUUGUUCCUUGCUGAAUUGGAUUGUUGAUUUGUAGUUCAGAGGUACAACAUUAGUUGGUACUUAGUCUGUUGGAUGUUGCCAGCCUGAAAUGCAAUCACCUAGAAAGAAAUAAAGCAGGCCUCUCUGGACCUUAUUCUUCA